AUCAGUCACACUUUUAUCUUUUCUAUUUUGUAAUUAUUUAUUUGUGCGAUCGGUAGACAUUCACAAUGAAAAUAUUCAAAAAGCGGCAGACGAAAGUCAAGUCCUUUUUCCGCAGCGAGGACAUGGAUUUGUGCCAACUGCUGUUGCACGUGGACAACGCCUUCGAUUGCCUCAUAGAGUUGGGUCACCACGGAUCGGUGCAGUUCAACAAUGUGUACGACGAGGAUCGCCUGCUGAACAAUCUGUAUUCGCGGAAGGUGGCCCAGUGCCACGAGCUACUGCGGCUGGUGGAGAACCUGCACAACCAGAUCACCCAGCUGCAUGUGAACGAGGUGUUCUACCCGGACGUGGAUCGGGAUGAUCGGAUGCGGGAGAAGGAUCUGGCCAAGUACGGAGAUAGGUUGAAACGCAUCCACGUGGAGGCCAAUGCCGUCACGGAGCACUAUUACCGACUGGACAAUCGCCGGUAUCGCAUGAUGGAGCAUAGCUUUGCCAUAACCAGAGCCAACAAGUUUAUGGCCGCGGACAUGGGCAGUGAGCUGCUCUACUCGGAGAGCACGAUGAUGGGCCUGGUGCAGGAUGCCACCACGGCAACCCAUCAAUCGCAGCUCAACUACAUGAUCGGUUGCAUCCGAGCGGAUAAGUUCUACAGCUUUGAGCUGUUGCUCUACCGCCUGUGCUCCUUCAACUUGAUCAUUCGCUUCACCGAAAUGCCCACUCCGGUCUUCGAAUUUCAUCAUGGUCAGCGGCCAGAGAAGGUGCGCAAGUUCGCGCUCCUCAUGAUGGCCAGUUCCACGAUGCUUUGGCCCAAGGUGCUGAAGAUCUGUGGCCACUACCAUGUGAACGUCUACGACUGCCCGAGAUCGGCCAGCCAGCGGGAGGAGAAGGUGAGGGAGCUGAGCCAGGAGAUAGUGAAUGUGGAGAAGGUCCUUAAGGAGGCAGAGUUUAUGCGGCGCCAGAUCCUGGAGGUGGCUGGCCAGGACCUGUUCAUUGUGCGGGUUAAUCUGCGCAAGGCCCUGAAGGUAUACGAUCUGAUGAAUCGUCUCAGAUUGGUGGGCGGACUGGAGGUGCCCCGGUAUCUGCUGGCCGAGGUGUAUGUGCCAUCCUCGGAUGUCCAGGAAGUGCGGGACAUCCUGCGCAACACCUCCAGAUUAAGUGGGGGUGCAGACCGGAAGAGCGAAAGGGACAAAGCCAAGGAAAUGGAUGAGGAAGACGAAGAGAUGACUGAAAAGUAUCAAAGAAUGCGUUGGCAGGAGAGGAGGGAUUCGGAUUUCGAACCGGACGAGGACAUGUCCUCUCGGGCAAUUUUGCUAAAGAAAACCCGAUUGGUCAAUCACAUGCCACCAACGUACUUUCGGCUCAACAGGUUCACGAGGGGAUUCCAGAACCUGAUCGAUGCCUAUGGAAUGGCUGACUACAAGGAGCUGAAUCCCGCUCCUUACACCAUCAUCACGUUCCCCUUCCUCUUUGCCGUGAUGUUUGGCGACUUGGGACAUGGCCUUCUGUUGAUUUUGUUCUCCGGCCUUAUGAUUUGGAAACACAAGGAGAUCAAGAAGUAUCAGAUCUCGUCGACCUCGGAGAACGAGAUCCUGAACAUCCUCUUCGCGGGUCGCUACAUAAUCCUACUGAUGGGGAUAUUCUCCGCCUACAUGGGCUUAAUCUACAACAUAGUCAUGUCCAAGGGCUUCAAUCUAUUCGGUUCGAGCUGGAGUUGUCGCUACAAUGCGAGCACUCUGGAGGACCACAUGACCCAGCUGACCUUGAACGCGGCAGAUCCCAAUUUCUACACGGGCAACCCGUAUCCCAUUGGGAUGGACCCAGUGUGGGCCGUCUGCGGCCAGGACUCGAUCACCACCACCAACUCGAUGAAGAUGAAGCUGGCCAUUGUCCUGGGCAUUUCGCAGAUGAUGUUUGGACUGGGCCUGGCCGCGGCCAAUUGUGUGCUCCUGAAGAAGAAGGCGGAUCUCUUCCUGGUGGUCAUCCCGCAGAUGGUGUUCAUGAUCUGCCUGUUCUGCUACCUCGUCUUCCUGAUCUUCUACAAGUGGCUGGCCUUCGGCGGGCACAAGGAGACGCCCUACAACUCGGCGUGUGCCCCCUCGGUGCUGAUCACCUUCAUCAACAUGAUGCUGAUGAAGGACGAGGAGCCGGCGGAGAACUGUCUGGCCGACAUGUAUCCCUAUGAGCGGAUGGUGGAGUACGCCCUGGUCAUGAUUGCCCUGUGCUCGAUACCCAUUUUACUGGCCGGCAAGCCGCUCUAUCUGCUCCGGCGGCGCCACCAAAAGCAGAGGGAGUUCCGGGAUCUGAAGCCGAUGCGCCGGCAGACGAUCCGGGAGAUGCGUUCCACCAUGCGGUACACCGAGGACGAUUCCAGUGAGAUGAGCAAGCAGAAGAGCGUGGACAACGAGGAGGAGUUCGAAAUGUCGGAGAUCUGGAUUCACUCGGGCAUCCACACCAUCGAAACGGUGCUGGGAUCGGUGUCGCACACCGCCUCGUAUCUGCGCCUGUGGGCACUAUCCUUGGCCCACGACCAGCUGUCGGAUGUCCUGUGGCACAUGGUCCUCAACAAGGGCUUCCACAACAACCUGCCGCUGUACUACGGCGUGCCCAUGCUCAUGGCCUCCUUCUUCGCCUGGGCCAUCCUCACAGUGGCCAUUCUGGUGAUGAUGGAGGGAUUGAGUGCCUUCCUGCACACCCUGCGCCUCCACUGGGUGGAGUUCCAGUCGAAGUUCUUUGGCGGAGCGGGCGAGUCCUUCAAGGCGUUCAGCUUCCCGCCCUCAAACCAAAGGAGUUAGUUUUAUUUUCGGUUUUUUUUACUUUACAAUACAAAUUAUUGGUUUAUGCAUUUUCGUACUUUCUGCUUCUGUAUGAACUUUAUAAAAUCAAACGUUAAUAAUAAUGAUAAUUUUGCAAUGUUAUGAUGUCUUCAAUGAAUAAUUUAAGAAGUACAAAUUAAAUGUAAUGUUGGCUUGCUAAAAUAAAAAUAGUGU